AUGACCACAGAGAGUUUUGCAGAGUUCCUGAAUAAGCUCAAGGAAAUCCAUGAGAAAGAGGUUCAAGGUCUGCAAAGCAAGCUGACGGAGCUGACGACGGAGAAGUGCCGUGAUGCUCAGAGAAUUGAAGAGCUGUUUGCUAAAAAUCACCAAUUAAGGGAACAGCAGAAAGUCCUUAAAGAAAAUGUAAAGGUGUUAGAAAACAGGCUGCGAGCGGGUCUCUGUGACAGAUGCAUGGUCACCCAGGAGCUGGCGAAAAAGAAGCAGAAUGAAUACGAGACCUCCCAUUUCCAGAGCCUGCAGCACAUCUUCAUCCUCACUAACGAGACGAGCCGCCUGAGGGAAGAGAACAAAACUCUCAAGGAAGAACUGAAGAGGCUCCAGAGCCUGGAGGACAGGACAAAGCACCCAGGAGUCAGUUCCAGAGAAAGCAGCUCCACUCCCAGCUCCCCUUUGGCUUUACUGUCCCCAGUGAGCAGGAACGUCAGCACCGAGAAAGCAGCUCACAGGGGAGUAGAAGAAGCCCACCACGAUGCACCAGGCCUUGAGCUGGGAGAAGAAAAGCCUGCAGGACAGAGAAGCUCUCCAAGCAGUAGGACUUCCCCAGGCACUGUCCUCCAAGAAGUCAGCCUUGCAGAAAUGGCAUCCCAGAGGAUCUCCAACCAGCUGCACGGAACCAUUGCCCUGGUGAGACCCGGCACCAGACCCUGCCUCCUGGAAAAAAGUCCUUUGGGGGCAGCAGUGUCCCCACCAGCAAGGAAGACUCCUCUCCCACCGGAGAAUGAGCACAGCCCCAGCCUUGAGGCUUAUUUAACAGCGGGCAAACCGGACUCCCCCAAGGUUGCUCCAUCCUAUGAAAACCUAAAACUGACUGCCCGGAGAGAGCAGCUCUGCCUCCUCCACAAGCACCUUUCCCUGCACCAGCUGGGGCUGGUGAGCAACUGUGCCUAGGCCGACCAGGGCAGCUUCUCCAGCCAUUUGCUCAGGGCCAAAGACGCCGACGGCAGGACGCGGUUGCGUGAUGGCUGGGAAGAUCACGCCGCCUUGCUGAAGCUGCCUGCUGCCAUGGUGUACGUGAGGGAUCAGCACUUGGAGGAGAAGCUGCACCUCCUCAAGCACAGGGAGAGGCUGCAGCAUUUCCUCAUGCAGCAGUGCCAGCCAGGCCAGCAGGCAGAUGGAGACACAAAGCCCAUGCCCGAGGAGCGGCCCCUCUCCCCAUGGCCAAGCAUCACGCCGGGAUGCAAGGAGGAAAAGACUUUCCUGGAGGAUAUUGCAGAUGUGAAGGAGAAGAAGGAGCUUUGGCUGAGCCGGGACAGCUCUGAGCUGCGAGAAAAGGCGAAGGUGGCAAGGGACGAUGGCGCAGAUGUGCCGCUGGAUCUGUCAGACUCCGGCCGUGGCAGAGAAACGG